UCGAUUGGUGACCCUGCCUUCCUGCCCGGCUGGACCCCGGUGGCGCUCUGCUCUUUCCCAUCUGAGAGAUUUUCCUUCGUAUGUGGAGCUGAGACCUGGGAAUGCGUUACUAUGGCAGCAGUUGUGCAACAGAAUGAACUUGUGUUUGAGUUUGCCAGCAACGUCAUGGAGGAUGAGCAGCAGCUUGGUGACCCAUCUAUUUUCCCUGCUGUCAUCGUGGAGCAUGUUCCUAGUGCAGACAUCCUGCAUAACUACUCCGGCUUAACCUGCGUGGAUGAACCCAGUGACAUGAUCACUGAGAGCUCUCUGGACGUUGCAGAAGAGCAAAUCAUAGAAGAUGAUGAUAUCACCCUUACAGUUGAAGCAUCCUGUCAUAAUGGAGAUGAAACAAUGCAAACAAUUGAGGCUGCUGAAGCACUUCUCAACAUGGACUCCCCUGGUCCUAUGCUGGAUGAAAAAAGAAUCACAACUAUGUUUGGCACAACUGAAGAUGAUGAUAUAGUGGCUCCUAUUACACACGUGUCAGUCACUCUUGAUGGGAUCCCUGAAGUAGUGGAAGUUCACCAAGCCUCAGACCCUUAUGCUGAAUCACCAGAGACUCCAGAGUUUGAGCAACCAAAGAAGAAAAAAGGGAAGAAGCCGAAGCCGUCGCGUCCUGAGUCCCCUACUACAACGCCAAACAUAUCUGUGAAAAAGAAAAACAAAGAUGGGAAGGGCAAUACCAUUUAUCUCUGGGAGUUCUUACUAGCCCUGCUCCAGGACAAAGCUACCUGCCCUAAAUACAUCAAAUGGACUCAAAGAGAGAAGGGCAUUUUCAAACUGGUGGAUUCCAAGGCUGUGUCCAGGUUGUGGGGAAAGCACAAAAACAAACCUGACAUGAAUUAUGAAACAAUGGGUAGAGCUCUCAGAUACUAUUACCAAAGAGGAAUACUGGCUAAAGUAGAAGGUCAGCGCCUAGUGUAUCAAUUUAAAGAAAUGCCAAAAGAUCUCAUCUACAUAGAUGAUGAAGAAGCAAGCCCUAGCACAGAAUCAUCAGAUUCGAGUCUGCUCUCGACUCCUGUGGCCAAUAGAAACCAGUCGAGCAGAUCUAGGUCGUCUGCGAACGGGGGAGCAAAGGGAGGAUCGACCGCAGCGCUCAAAACAGGAAACGCCAAGCCUGCGAAGCUGAAGGAGCACAUAGAAGUUGUACAGCAGCAAAUGCCUGGCUUGACUUCAGAAGUUUUGAGGACAAUGCAGUCUCCACAGCCAGUAUAUCCCACUCAGCUUUAUCGGACAGUUCACGUAAUGCAGCCCUUGCAGCCCCUCCCAGAAGGACAUGCAGCUGUAGCCAGUAAUGUUCCAGACGAAAGCUUAAACCCCUCGGUUCAGAACAUAAGUAGGACUUUACAGACUCCAACUCAAGUUCCAGUGGUUGUUUCUCCUGGAAAUCAGCAGCUGCAUACUGUAACACUCCAGACAGUGCCUCUUACUACAGUGAUAGCCAGCACAGAUCCAGCCUCAUCAACAACACCCCAAAAAUUCAUCUUGCAAGCCAUUCCUACUUCACAACCCAUGACGGUUCUUAAAGAGAACGUCAUGCUACAGUCUCAGAAGCCAGUCUCCCCUCCUUCCUCAAUUGUGCUGAGCCCAGCCCAAGUUCAGCAGGUGCUCACCAGCAGCGUGCAGACAGUUUGCAAUGGAACAGUCAACGCGUCUUCAUCUCCAUCCUUCAGUGCCACAACCCCUGUGGUAACGUUUUCGCCCAGCAGCUCCCAGGUGGUAGCUCACCCACCGGGCACGGUGAUCACUUCAGUUAUUAAAGCACCAGAAACGAAACAAAUUGGCGUGCAGGGAGAGGUCAAAGAAGACGACAGCGACGACUUAGACGAUACGGAGCAGCCGGAGCAGAGAUUCCAGCAGCAGCCGUUUGUGAUGGUGGUGUCCAAUUCAAAUGGUUUCCCAUCCAACGUGCAAGUGAAGCAAGAAAACGAGCCCUUGGAACCCAGUUCAUAUUAAUAAAUUUGAAAAGGAAAAAAAAACCCAAACCAAAAAACCCCAAAACCAAAAGAAGAUGACCCUGUGGAUGAUUGUUUUCAUAAAUGUGAUGGGACCUUUUCAGUUCUGUACAUACGAUUCGACGCCCAAGCAAGUUGUUGCAAAGCUACUUAAUUGCCGCAGUUAAUUGUUAGAAUUCAUACUUUAUAGAGUGGGGGUUUGAUUUUUUUCUCUUCAUUGCUAAAUGUUAUCCUACAGAUAAAAUGAUCUAUUACUCCUGGUGUCAGCAAUAACAGGCAUGAGGGAACAUGCUGUCGACGCUCUGAAGGCUUUCU